CAUAAUAUAUACAUAAAAAUCAUUUGCGGCGGCUUUUCGCUUGUAUUUGUACAAUUUUUUUGUGCAAAAUAAAUUAUUAACAAAAAGCGAGAAAGGGGAGAAAUGCAGGCGUCGACUGACUGCAUUAUAUUAACAUAAACUCUGUUCAAAUGAUAGAGAAGCUACUCCUCCCGGCUUAGCAAAUCUUCUCACCAUCUACAACCAGCAACAGUCCAGACACACACUCGGUCACCUAUGGGAGAGGAUAAGUCGGACUCCCGUGAGACAAUUGCUGCAACUUCAUACACUCAAGAUUCCUCCUCCGAUUCUGUAUCGGAAUCAGGCAUCAGCAAAAAGAAUAUCAAACCCAAAAUUCUAACCAAUGAUAAUGAUUGCAAUGCAAAAUCGCCUAUCAAAUCAGACGCAGGCAAUAAGCGCCAUAAGGAAAAUCGUUCAACCAAUGGCAUAAUAACCACUGCGCCCACGCCCACAAACAAGGAAAAGCCUACAUUUAAUAUACGAAUUGUGCCGUUAGAGAACUUGUUGGCGAAUCCGCAGGAAAAUCACAAGAAAUCUGUUGCUAGUGUUUCUCCACAAUCCACAAUAGAAUUAAGUGAUAGCGACGAAGACGUUUCUAGCCAGGCUCAGCAGACAGACCCGAAUGUCCACAAGGUCAAGCAAAUAAUCGAGGCAUCCAACUCGGCAUCAUCAUCGCUCACAUCACCAUCAUCAUCCUCGUCGUCGUCCUCUAGCACCUCGUCGUCUGCCUCUGCCUCCGCCUCUACCAACUCAAAGCAGACGCGAAAUUCUGUUAGGCAAUCUCCUGCCGUUAAGGAAUCAUCAAAAAAACAGAACACACGUUCCUUGCGCAAUAGAAAUAAUCCAAAGUUAUAUAUAGAGGAGGAAUCAUCCUCUCAAGAAGAUUCUACAGAUACUGAAAGCUCUUUGCCUAUAAGGAAAGAAAAGGAGCAGGCAUCCUCAAGAGAAAACAAUCGAACGUAUCCCACACUUAAGCGUUGUGCGGUACGUUUACAGCGCGUAAAGUUGCCCCUGACCUCUGAACCGCCUGCUGCUCCCAUUACAAAAAAAAAUAAACGACAAAGAAUGAGUUCGGAUGUUGAGGAAGAGGCUGCCUCCACAUCGGCAGCCAAACGUCAGCGACGACCCAAAAACCAAGAUGAGGAAUCUGAAUAUGAUACACCACAAGAAGAAGAAGAACAUUUGGUAGAAACUGAUGAUGAUGAUGAUGAUGAUGAUGAUGAUAAUGAGAAGGAUAAAAACGGUGAAGAUCAGGAUGAUGAUGAGGAUGAGGAGCAGAAAAAUGAUUCAAGUGACAGUGAGGUGAUGCCACAGCGUAAACGUCGUAGUUUUAAUUCAAAGCGCAAGACCAAUGGAGAUAAUGAUUCCAAUGCAGGCUCCUCCGACUUCGACCCCGAUGCAGAGAAGAAGCAAAAGUCAAACAGCAACAGUUCCAAGAAGAAGCGACGACGCAUUAAAAGGAAUUCCAGUGGGGACAGUGCCGACGAUGGCGACGAUGACAAAAACAAGAACAAACGCAAACACAUACGAAAGAUCAUCAAGACAAAAGAUCUGGAUGUUAGCACCAAGGAGGCGGCCAAAGAGGAGGAUGAUCGUCGCAAACGUAUCGAAGAGCGACAAAAGCUAUAUAAUCGUAUAUUUGAGAAAUCCGAGAAUGUGGAAAUAUCAGAGCUCAUACUUGACUUUGAUGAGGAUUCAAAACGGGCUCUGUUGCAGGUGGAUAAGGGUCUGCUAAAGAAACUGAAGCCACAUCAGGUGGCUGGUGUGAAAUUCAUGUGGGAUGCAUGCUUCGAGACUCUAAAGGAUACGGAAGAGAAACCCGGCUCGGGUUGUAUAUUGGCCCAUUGCAUGGGUCUGGGUAAGACCCUGCAAGUGGUAACCCUAACGCACACUCUGCUAAUUAAUACUCGACGAACCGGCAUCGAGCGGGUGUUGGUAAUCACUCCGCUGAGUACGGUAAACAAUUGGGCGCGAGAAUUCGUGCAUUGGAUGAAUUUUGCGAAUCGCAAGGACAUCGAGGUCUAUGACAUUAGUCGCUACAAGGAUAAGCCCACGAGAAUCUUCAAGUUAAAUGAAUGGUACGAAGAGGGAGGCGUCUGCAUUCUCGGUUACGAUAUGUAUCGCAUUCUGGCCAACGAAAAGGCCAAGGGAGUGCGAAAGAAGCAGCGGGAACAACUGCAACAGGCCCUGGUGGAACCUGGUCCCGAUUUGGUGGUCUGCGAUGAAGGUCAUCUGCUGAAGAAUGAGAAGACCUCGAUCAGCAAGGCAGUCACCAGGAUGAGAACCAAACGGCGCAUUGUUCUUACGGGCACACCGCUGCAAAAUAAUCUCAAGGAAUACUAUUGCAUGAUUCAGUUUGUUAAGCCCAAUCUGCUGGGCACCUACAAGGAGUAUAUGAAUCGUUUCGUUAACCCCAUCAGCAAUGGCCAAUAUACGGACUCGACGGAGCGCGAUUUGCGUCUGAUGAAGCAUCGUUCCCAUAUACUUCAUACCCUGCUCGAGGGUUGCAUUCAGCGCAGGGAUUAUUCCGUGUUGGCUCCAUAUCUACCACCCAAGCAUGAGUAUGUCAUCUAUACCACAUUGUCGGAGUUGCAGCAGCAACUCUAUGGCUACUAUAUGACCACGCAUCGGGAUCAAAGUAGCUCGGAUAUAUGUGGCAAAGGGGCACGGCUAUUUCAGGAUUUUCAAGAUCUGCGACGCAUCUGGACGCAUCCAAUGAAUCUGCGAGUGAACAGCGACAAUGUCAUUGCCAAGCGUUUGCUUAGCAAUGACGAUUCCGACAUAGAGGGUUUCAUCUGUGAUGAGUCCGAGGAAGAGGCUGUGGCCUCCAAUUCAUCAGACAGCGAUGAAUCAUUUAAAUCGGAUGCCAGCAUGCCCGGCGGCAUGCCCGGAGUCAGCGGUGGUGGCAAAGUGAAGAAACGCAAGACACGCAACGGUGUGCGCUCGGGUCUGGUGGACUCCGAUUCGGAUGUGGAGUACACGGGCAUUGGCUCGACGCCAGUGCAAAAGGAUGAUCCAUCCGAAUGGUGGAAACCCUUCGUGGAGGAGCGCGAAUUGAAUAAUGUGAAUCAUUCCCCCAAGCUAUUGAUCCUCUUGCGUCUGCUGCAACAGUGCGAGGCCAUUGGUGAUAAGUUAUUGGUCUUCUCACAGUCUCUGCAAUCGCUCGAUGUCAUCGAACAUUUUCUCUCGCUGGUGGAUAGCAAUACCAAGGGCUAUGACUUUGAGGGCGAUGUUGGCAACUUCAAGGGCUGCUGGACACCCGGCGAGGAUUAUUUCCGACUCGAUGGCUCCUGCAGCGUGGAACAGCGCGAAGCCAUGUGCAAGAAAUUCAACAAUGCCGCCAAUCUAAAGGCGCGCCUAUUUCUCAUCUCGACACGUGCCGGCGGCUUGGGCAUCAAUUUGGUUGCAGCGAAUCGUGUGGUUAUUUUCGAUGUCUCGUGGAAUCCCUCACACGAUACGCAAAGUAUUUUCCGUGUGUAUCGUUUCGGGCAGAUAAAACCAUGUUAUAUAUACCGUUUAAUUGCCAUGGGAACUAUGGAACAGAAGGUCUAUGAGCGUCAAGUGGCCAAGCUGGCUACGGCCAAGCGUGUCAUCGAUGAGCAGCAGAUAUCCCGACACUACAAUCAAACGGAUCUCAUGGAACUGUAUACGUACGAAUUGAAGCCAAGUGUCGAACGUGAGAUGCCACUUUUGCCUAAGGAUCGGCUAUUUGCCGAAAUCCUAACGGAGCAUGAGUCACUAAUAUUCAAGUACCAUGAGCAUGACUCGCUGCUGGAGCAGGAAGAGCAUGAGAAUCUAACCGAGGAGGAACGUAAAUCGGCCUGGGCCGAAUACGAGGCGGAAAAAACGCGCACAGUUCAAGCAUCGCAGUAUAUGAGCUAUGACCGCAAUGCCUUUGGAAAUCAAGUGGUGGGCCAAUUUGGUAAUGCCUCUGGCAGUGUGACCUCCAAUAAAAUCUUUGGCUUCCGUUCGGAUAUAUUGCUGCAGCUGCUUAACAUGAAGAUAUCCAAAGAUCAUCCGGAAUUGACACAAAAUCAGGUCAUUCAACUGGUGCCCAGCUAUCUGCAGCAAUUGUAUAACGAGAUGAACAAUGGGGAUCCCACCAUGUACAAGGAUUUGUUGAAUCUCCACUCGAAUAUUGUGCAUCCGAGCGGCAUGUAUAUGAAUCCCUUGCUAUAUGCCAAUCAGAAUCCCUCGGCGGCUGGGUAUAAUCAAGGCAGCGGAAGUGCCCUACAGCCCGGAGCAGUUGGAGGAGGAGCAGUUAUUCAGCCCAAUGCCAAUGUCGCCGGCGCCGCUGCUACUCCACCUGGUUUCGAGGCGGACAAGGUAUACGAGAUUGACUAGACGACCAGAAACUCCUCCUUUCCUACAUCAUCCACAUUUAUCAUCGAAGGAUAAGAAAUUCUUAUAUACAUAUAUAUAUAUAUAUUUUUAUUUGUAUCGGUUAGUUAAUUCGCGAUCCCAAUCCACAAAAGUGAAAAUAUUGUUUCAAUUAUUUUGUUUAUGUCUAAAAGCAAGGAAGAGAACUAUCCAGAUUGUUAUCCAAUUUGAUUGACAAUUUCUCUAAACACACACAUUGUAAUUGUAUUUAAUUUAAACUGAUUAAUCGGUUAAUAAGUUUUUAACAACUCUACAGAAUAAUUUAUAUAUUAUACACUUGAUUUUGUUCUCCAAAUAUUAGAAUUUUAAAGAAAACUGUUUGAAUUCAUUUAUCGAAUGUCAGUCAAAUUGGUUAAUCUAACUUACUAAUACAUAUAUUUAACAGGAUAUAUCUGGUUCUUAGCCUUGUUAUAAAUUAUGAUAUAAUAUAGCCAAGCAUAAGUUUAUAUAGUUUCUAUA